AUGUCAACACCAGAUCCAAUGGCUACGCAAUCUCCACAAGGUUCACCCUAUGGAUCUCCUCAUGGACAAGCACCAGGAGUUCCAUCACAAGGCUUUCAAGCUGCAUUUCCUCAAGGGACUGGCCUAUCCGAGAUGGCUGAGUUGGCCAGAGCAGCUAUCAAUGCAGCAAACAAUGCUGCUGAAGCCGCAAGAGCAGCUACACAGGCUUCAAGCUCUACAAGUGAGAAGAAAAGGGACCUCUACCACCUGAUUCUCAGACCAGCAACUUUCUCGCCAUCAGACCGUGCACAAGAGGUGAGCCUAUGGCGUGAUUGGUUUUGGGGACUACGUCAAUACCUUUUGUUCAUCGACGGAAAAUAUGAGGAGGACCUGGAGUAUGUGGAGCGCUCUGAUGUUCAGGAGGUGGUCAGACUGGAGGAGCACUUUACCCAGUUUGAGAAGCUUGGUGGUAAGCUCACAGACGAGAUGUGGGCGGCUGUGCCCUUGAAGUGCGUCUCGGGACCUUUGAAAGUUCACUUGAACUUGUCGCUGAAUGAAUCCUCCAGCUAUGCCAAGAUCAGAGAGGUCAUUCGAGCCUAUGACACCGCCACUGCACGUUUGUUCAGAUGCAACCAUCACUUCAUUCCCUUUGCAGCCUCUCCAAGACUCUACUGGUACUAUGCCUAUGAAGGUGGACAGGAUCAAGGGAAAGAGUGGAGGAGCCUCAAGCUGGGAGCAUGUGAAAAUGAGGAUCAGCAUGUGCCGGAACAGCCCAAGAGAGUUUGGGACCUUCUGCAAGUCAGGAGGAAGACAGUUCAAAGCGCUACGGAAGUUCAAGGUGCUGCCCAGAACUAUGAGGUGGGCAAGGGUGAGGUGACCAUCAUCAUCGACAGUGGAGCUGAUGCGCAGGUGUUUCCAAUUUCGAUGAUUCACUGUGGCAAGAGCCAUGAUGGCCAAGCUGUUGCCCUUCAAGAUGCCCAGGGUCGUCAAAUCCCUGUUGCUGGCCAGAGGUCGAUUGCAGUUGUGUUGGAGGACGUGAAUGGAGCUGAGAUUGAAUUCCUCGACAAUGUGAUCUUUUCAAGUGAGAUCACGCAGCCGAUCUUGAGCUAUGGGCGCCUGAUGCAUGCAGGCUGGAGCAUCUGCGCUGAGUCCAAAUGCCUCAGGAAUGGUGCCUUCGAGAUCCCGGUGGAGCUGCAAAACCACAGUUUGGUGGUGAAAGGCCAUGUCAGAGCCAUCAACUCUGUGGCCAUGCCAUGCUCAUUUCGAGCAGUCAAAGCAGAUUUGACUGAAGGUUUGCAGAACUAUGUGGACAACGCUUUUGGAUGGAGCAAGGAAGGCAGUCGAUGGACGACGCUCAUCAAGAAGAACCAGGAGUGGCUCAUGGUGGAGUUCUGCGAGCGCGUCACUGAGAUGUUGGAUCCAGAGCUGCCUAUUGAUGACGUUGAGAACAUGUGCUUUUCAGCUGAAGAUGGAAGAGCGUUGGAGGAGCUGGAAGCUCUUGAGAUGGAGAUUCAGCCUUACCUGGACAUCCCCAUGGAUGAGGAGUUGGAAAGGCGUGGGGCUGAAGUGGCUCUACAUCCUGAAGCUCAAGCUGAUGCAGGGGAAGUUCACGGUGAUGAUGGACCAGGAGCUCAUCAACCUUGUGACGGUGGAAGAGUUCAGGAUCCACCACUGGAAGUUGAACCUUUGCAGGAAGUCCAGAUUGUGGUCGGUGAAGUGGUCCCUGCACAGAUUGAGGUGGAUGGGCAAGUUCUGACAACGCUGGUGAAAGCCCCAAGUGACCAGGAGAAGGAGCUGCACGCUCUCACUCAUACGCCCUAUGCUGCGUGGUGCCCUGCAUGCCUCAAACACAGAGCACGCCCUGACCAACACCGCAGAUCUGGAACUUCACAUGAUACUCCUGUUCCAGUGGUGUCAAUGGACUUUGCGGUGACCAAGAAGAAGGAUGGAUUGGAUCCAAACCCUGAAGGAGCCGCUGAUGACAAAGGAGCUCUAUGGCUAGUUCUCACUGACCGCCACGCAGGGUACUUGGGAUGCAUUCCAAUCCAGUCCAAGGGUCAGCUGCACUACAUGACCCAUGAAGUGUUGAGCUUCGUCCAGGGCCUUGGAUACUCAGAAGUUGGCUUCUAUGGCGACAAUGAGCCAUCGAUCAGGCAGAUCUUGAAGACUAUCAUCACCUCCAGACAUGCCCUUGGAUUGAAGACCAGGAUCUACACCACAAAGGUGAAAGACUCAGCUGGCAAUGCUUUGGCUGAGAACGACAUCCAGAGGAUACGUCAACUGGCAUGCACACUGGUCGAGGAUGUCUGUGAGAGAACUGGCCUGGUGUUCCCCUGUGAGCAUGCCAUCUGGAGUUGGGCUGGACGUCGUGCAGCUUGGUGUUUGAAUCGAUAUCAGGUUGGCAAGUCCUUAACGGCGGCCUACGAGGUGACCCACGGCAAGAAGUACGCUGGUAAAACAGCAUGCUUUGCAGAACCAGUCUAUGCAUACUGCAAAGGACGUGGGAAGGCCGAUGCGACAUGGAGAGUUGGGCUGAUGCUUGGGAAAACGGAGGCCCAGGAUGCUUGGGUGAUUGGAGAUGGAGUGGACGUUAUGCUCAGCAGAAGCAUCAGAAGAGUGGAUCAUCCAUGGAGCCGCUUCUUGGCAUACUACUCAGGGCUCCAGACUCACAGCUUUGUCUACCAGACCAACUUUGGUGGAAGAAUCGCGCCGACCAAACACAAGGUCGACUGUAAGCCCAACGUGAAGUUCCAGAAGCAUUGGAAUCUUCGCCAGAGCAACCACCACCUGGAGUUGCUGUUCCUGUGGAUGAACCACCAGAAGUUCCACUCCAAGCUCUCGGUGACCAAGGACCUCCUUCAGGACGAUGUGAUGGCCAAUGUCGAUGAGAUGGAUCUGUUGUGGUCAGAUGAGCCACUGGCAGGAAUGCCUCAAGAUCCAGAUCCUGAAGUUGACCUCUUGGCAGAUGCAGUGGAACUCCAAAGACUUCAGAAAAUGGGUGUCAUCGAAGUUCUUACACCCAAUGAUGCUGGCCUGAGUUCAUUGACUACGAGAAUGGUCUACGACUGGAGGAUCAAGGAUUGGACUGAUCCAAAGACAGGCCAAAGUCGAAGACGGUGGAUGAGGAGAGCCCGGCUGGUAGCACGAGAGUAUGCAAACCAUCGCCGAGAUGAUGUCCAUUCUCCAGCUUCCAAUGGACAGAUCAUGAGGCUUCUCCCUGCAAUCUACCUGAUGAUGCUUGGAGUUGAAGGAGUUUCCCAAGACCAACUUCAAAUAGGGGCACUCGACAUCAAGGACGCUUUCUUGAUGGCAAGUCAGGAGGAGCCGGUCCAGAUCACCACCAAGAAGGGCAAGUUCAAAGUCCUGAAGAAUUUACCAGGGCAACGCAUGGCGGCAAAGGCCUGGUAUGACUACUUUGCCGACUUCCUGGAGAAGAAAGGGGUGCAGUUCUCCACAGAAAACCCCUGCUUGGGCAAACGUGGUGACAAGCUCUUCAUCUUGUUGCACGUGGACGACAUGAUGGUCAGUGGCUUCAAGGAUGAGGCUCAGGAGAUCUCCAGCACAGUACUUCUUCCUCCUGAUGAAGCUGCACUUUUUCGAUCUAUGGUUGGAAGCGGGAUCUAUUUGCCACAGGUGAUGAAGAAACUGGUCAUUUACCGUAAGGUGAGCAUGGGCAACUACAACCACCUUCAGAUCCCUAGCUAUGGCAAGGGUAUCCAUCACCACUAUGAUGGCAAGUGGAUUGGUCAGGAGACCGCGUUUCAAGGACAGAAAGUCGUGAGCCUUUUUUCUGCAGAAUCAGAGCUGCAUGGGCUUGUCAGUGGAGCCGUGGAUGGAAUAGCUCUCAGAGUUUCCCUGGAGUUCCUGCUGAAUGUGAAGGUGAAGGAGAACAACAUGACCAAAGCCAAGAUCAUGCGUGUUGCCAAACUCCUUCAAUCCUUUGUUCUUUUCAGCGGCCUUGAGCAGGCUAGCGGUGAGCUUGUGCCCUUCCGCAUGGACCUCGAGACGGUCAUCCUCUAUGAGGAGAAGGUUUGGUUUUCCUUUGAAGUGAUCUUCAUCAUGCUCUUUGUGGUCAUGCUUGCGGGUUUCUUUUUCAUGUACAAGGCCAACAGGAAGCUGCAGCAAGAGCUUCAACGUGUUCAGCAUCAACAGCAACAAAUGGUGGGACGUCAAGGAGAACUCACCAUGGAGAUCGCAAUGCUGCAGAUACAUGUGAAUGCGCUGCACGUGGCUUCAAUGAGACUGGGAGGCUACGUGGAUCUGAAUGUGCCCAUCACUGAAAGAGAUUGGGACAAUUUGAGGUACAUUGAGCGUGGAAACCGCAUUGAAGAUGAUCGAGUUUGCAGGCGUGGACUACGUCACCUUCGAGUCAGCACGAGAGCAUUGCGCAGGAGGAGACAUUCCACACCACCUGCUGCUGAUCGACAUCUACAUGCUGAUGCAAGCAGAUCUCGAGAUGGAGAUGGUACUCCUCCAGAAGAGAUGACCCAGGAGGAGUACAAUCGAAGAAUGGAGUCAGAAGAUCCAGAAGACUGGCCAGCUGAACCUGCUGAAGAACGCCGACGACGCUACAUGCAGUCAACAAUGUCGGAAUGCUCAGAUCCAGAUGAAUGGAUCCAGAUGCACCACGGUGAGCCUGGGAGUGGACUCUAUUUGCAGGGCGACGAGGAGGAGCACCCUACUGAAGAUGAGUCUCCGGUGCCCAGUGAGCGUGACACUGUGAUGAGUGAGUUCAUGAAGCAGGAGUAUCUGGAAUGGCCAAGUCAUGACUUCAGCGCUUCUCAUGACAGAGCUCAACUGUCGGCACUGCAGUGGAUCAACGACUUCAGCCAGAGGCGAGCCAGAGCAAUUGCAGAUGGGAACGAGCGAUUGGCAGAUUGGUGUCACAGCAAAAUAGGCUUACACCAGCCCUAUAGCAGGUCAGGCACGACCACCUUGGAAGUACAGAGAUGA